UAACUAAGUAACUAAGUAACUAAGAAUGUCUAAAGAUCUCUUCAAAGAAAACCCCAGAAUUUUAUGACUAAGUCUUACUAACUGAUUUUUUCAGACUGUGAGUAUAAUACUAUAGAAGCACUUACAAAUUGUGUAUCAGUACAUGACACUUUAUUAAGGUAAGUAUCAGUAUAGUUGGAUCUAUAUCAGUAUAUAUAAUCAGAUACCUCACUUGAGAUACUAUAAUAUUCAAAAUGAUGGAGAGAAUACAUAUUUAAUGGAUAAAGUAUUAUGGUGCUACUGUUCAUGCUGUCAUGUACCGCGUCGCUUGGGUAAAUAACAGAACUGUUGAACCAGUGAGAAAAUCAGAAAAUUUAUCAAAGACUGAGACUGAGACCACCAGUGCUAACUAUCAUUAACUAUCAUUAGUGGUAUUUCUACGGGAUAAAUAGUAAAGAAGAUGCCCUUCAGAUUCCCAUUUAGGUUUGAUAUUCCAGAGCAUUCAUAUGUGAGUGCCAGAGUUCUUAGAGACCAAUUUAAAAGAAUACAAUAUUCUGAACAUGAAGUUACUAGAAACGCUUUAAGAUAUAUUGCUAGAAAUACUGAACUUCCACCAAGAGCAAGAUUAGAAGCGCAAUUACAAUUAACUGCUAUGCCUAAAUAUACUUCAUUCAAUCAAAUUAGAAAUAGAUGUGUUGCUUCAGGUAAUUCUAAGUCUGUUAUUAGUGACUUUAAACUUAAUAGAACGGUAUUUAGAGAUAGAGCUAGAGCUGGUUUGAUACCAGGAGUUAAAGUUGCCUCCUGGUGAUUUAUUUCAUUAAUAUGAUCCUUUCAACGUAUGUCAUGACUCUCUCUAUAUUUCCAAAUUUUCCUUUUCCACUAGUAAAUAACUUGUAUAUAAUACACAUCAUAAAAACGUAUAUUUAUU